UCUGUGUGUGUUUGGACGCUUUUGUAUUGUAAACGGGCUCUGUGAAAGGAACGCUAUAAUAAAUCCCCUAGCCAGCCGGGACACCUAUGCAGUAUGUGUGUUGGAGAUCGACUAUAUUGCAGUCCUUUUGCGCAGCGCACCAGAUCUACAUGAUUCCUGGAAGGGAAUUCUUUACCAUUUAGAAAUGAUAUAGCAGUGUGUUACGUUGCACGGCAAUGUAUUUGAUGUCAAACACCCACCGUGUUUUCUGGAUAAAACCUGCUGAAAUGCGGGUUAUUGCGCAUAAACCUAAUUUGUAUGCGGAAUAUGUGCGUUAUAACACCGUGUUAUUCUAAUCGUUGACUAGGCUCAGACCUAUAGGUAUUUAUAUAGAGGACGAAGGCCUUUUGGUGAUAGUUACAACCAGGGAAUGCAGUGGCUGGGUCGAGUCUUUGUGCGGUUCGCCGCAGUCCCCCUACCCUCGGUGCGUGUCUGUGGAUCGCUUUAACUGAGACCAUAGGCCUACGUGCAAACUUGCUCGAGCAGCGAUUUGUAAUUUGCACGUAUACUGUAGACCCCGUUUACCCGCCUCGGCUGAUCAAAAUACUCUAUCGAGAACGUUAAGGUCGGACAAGGGUUGUUUCGCGCUGUAGGCUUAUAGUCUACGCAGUGUAGACGCAUCAUGACGCUCGUCGUUGACUGGAAGUAAUAACGUUUCUAAAUGUGGGAGGCUUUUUCCCCCCACAGUUUCUAUUCUAGCUUCUAGAAGGCUAUAUGGACUGUUGGGUUUUAGGAGUGCCCCUGGCCACCAUGGAUACAACUUUGCAUAGCCUGCAGAAACCGACAGCCUCAACCGACAAGGUCCUGGACGGUGGAACGGGACUCGCUUUGGAUAUGAGUAUGGGGGACCGGGAAUUCACGGAACAAUCGAUUAGACUUACCGACAAAAUCCCGUUAGUGAAACCCUAUUUAAAGAAAAAAAAAGGACAGAGGAAACUAGACUCAAAAUGCCUCCGUGCGCUCCAGGACCCUAUCCUGACCACAUUACUGAGUACGGAUGCACUUGUUACCGGAGACGGGGUGUUUGUUCCCCGGAACCCUCCGACAAGGACAGCGGGGAACCUGUGCACUGCGGGGGUGGUCAAACAGGCACGGCUUGGUGGGCCUGUGUGUCUGAAAGAGUCGGGAGCUACCGGUGUAACGGCUAUGAUUACCGGCGACACUGACACAGAAAUGGCGGACACCGCCGCCGAGUUGGAGGAGACAGAGAGGGGGGUAACCAAGGUACCGGUAGAUCUCCAACGCGUGACAAUAGACCCUAACGAACGCAGAUUCCAGCUCAAACGUGUCCCCCGGGCGCGCGAGGUGGGGGCGGCAACCCCCACACCAGAUACCCCUCUAGUAUCCCCUCCAAGCCAGGGGGGAAACACGAUGAGUGACCUCUUCGCCUCUAAAGCCUUGCGGGGGCCAGUUUGUCUGACCAUCAAAGACAGUACGAACACCCCCAGUCUUCAGGCCGACAAAGGCGAGAUAUUUCAGGAUAAAAGCGAAGAGGCCUCCCUGGAUCUAGUGUUUGAUCUGCUAACCCAGCUCCAGUAUCACACGCACCAAGCCGACGCAGUUUCGAUCUGCGUGGAUUUCCUGCAGGGGUUGUGUGUGUACGGGAGUGACUGCGCUUACCACCAUACUGUGCUACCCUAUCACUGGCAGAUCCGCAAGAGUGAUACUCAAAGCUGGCAAAGCGUGGCGGAUGAUUCGCAGGAACAGUUGGAGAGGCUUUACUGCAAUCCGGACAAUGAACAAGUCAGGCUCAAAUUUCAGGGUCGUGUGUUUUCCUUAGACUUCAGUGCCAUGCGUGUAUGUGACCUGGAGUUCGACCGCGUCAGACGGUUGACCACUCCCUCCAGCCCUGCUGCCCCGCCCCCAAACACAAACCCCGCCCCUAACUGCCACACAGUGUGGAAGUACUACUGCAGAGACAACUUCGGCUGGAGAGAAUACUCUGAGCCGGUGGUGCGUCUGAUAGAGGAGGCUGGUGGUCGUGGUCUGAAGGAGGUCCGGUUCAUCACCCUACAGAACCACUACAUCCUCAACAUCAGAGAGGGCUUCCAGCAGAACGCCGUGUUCGGCUUCCGACGCCAGAUCAAGAAACGACCCCUCUUCCUGUCCUCCGUGGUCCUCACGCCACAUCUACAGACUCUUGGUGGCCUCUCCUCUUUCCCCAUCUCCUCCUCCACUCUGGAUCUGUCUGUUUCUCUCCCCCUCUCUCCCACCUUCACCAACCCUCCCAGCGUAUUCCCAGAAACAUGGUUACCCAUGACGACCAGCCAGGACUUCCUGCAGGUUCCGGUAUCCCGUGACGACCGAAGCUAUCGGACCGUCUACACCCUCUUCCACAAGACGGUGUCCGAAACCAAGUUCCGCAUCCUAAAGAUCCUCCGCGUUCAGAACCCCUUCCUCUGGGAGAAAUACAAGAGGAAGAAGGAGUACAUGUCUCGUCGUCUCUCGGAGAUGGACAGGAUGCUGAGCGAGCGUCACCUGUUCCACGGCACCUCCACUGAGGUGGUGGAGGGCAUCUGUAAACACAACUUUGACCCGCGUGUCAGUGGCAAACACGCCACCAUGUUCGGACAAGGCUCCUACUUCGCCCGCAAGGCCGUCUACUCCCAUAACUUCUCCAAGCGCUCUCCUAAAGGGAUCCACUCCAUGUUCCUGGCCAAAGUCCUCACUGGCAGGUUUACAGUGGGGAACCCCUCCAUGCGGCGGCCGCCCCCACUCAGCCCCCGGGACCCCUCCAGUGACCUGUACGACUCGUGUGUAGACAACUGGGUGGACCCCCAGAUCUAUGUUAUCUUUAACGACGACCAGAGCUACCCCUACUUUAUCAUCCAGUACGAAGAGGUUCCCAGUACCGUGGCUAUCUGACACGAGAACAGACCGAACUAAACCUAGUACUGUGGCUGAGAACAGACAAGUCCGAACCAAACCUAGUACUGUGGCUGAGAACAGACCAGACCGAACCAAACCUAGUACUGUGGCUGAGAACGGACCGAACCAAACCUAGUACUGUAGCUGAGAACAGACCAGACCGAACCAAACCUAGUACUGUGGCUGAGAACAGACCAGACCGAACUAAACCUAGGACUGUGGCUGAGACCAGACCGAACCAAACCUAGUACUGUGGCUGAGAACAGACCAGACCGAACCAAACCUAGUACUGUGGCUGAGAACAGACCGAACCAAACCUAGUACUGUGGCUGAGAACAGACCAGACCGAACUAAACCUAGGACUGUGGCUGAGAACAGACCAGACCGAACUAAACCUAGGACUGUGGCUGAGACCAGACCGAACCAAACCUAGUACUGUGGCUGAGAACAGACCAGACCGAACUAAACCCAGUACUGUGGCUGAGAACAGACCAGACCGAACCAAACCCAGUACUGUGGCUGAGAACAGACCAGACCGAACUAAACCCAGGACUGUGGCUGAGAAUAGACCAGACCGAACCAAACCUAGUACUGUGGCUGAGAACAGACCAGACCGAACUAAACCCAGGACUGUGGCUGAGAACAGACCAGACCGAACCAAACCUAGUACUGUGGCUGAGAACAGACCAGACCGAACCAAACCUAGUACUGUGGCUGAGAACAGACCAGACCGAACCAAACCUAGUACUGUGGCUGAGAACAGACCAGACCGAACUAAACCUAGUACUGUGGCUGAGAACAGACCACACCGAACUAAACCUAGGACUGUGGCUGAGACCAGACCGAACCAAACCUAGUACUGUGGCUGAGAACAGACCAGACCGAACUAAACCCAGUACUGUGGCUGAGAACAGACCAGACCGAACCAAACCUAGUACUGUGGCUGAGAACAGACCAGACCGAACUAAACCCAGUACUGUGGCUGAGAACAGACCAGACCGAACCAAACCUAGUACUGUGGCUGAGAACAGACCAGACCGAACUAAGCCCAGGACUGUGGCUGAGAACAGACCAGACCGAACCAAACCAGAGCUACCUCAUACUGCAUCAUCAGUAUGAAGAGUUAACCAGUACUGUCAACAUCUGAGACCUAUUGGUUCCUCCCUACACCCGUCAUCCACAGCAGCUUCCGUCUGUAUGCUGUUGGUGAAGCCCUUAAACUGGACAGUAGAUUGCGUUUCAUUUGUACACAAUGCUGUGUGAAUAGACAUUAGCGUCUGCCAUUUUGGGUCUGAACAGUUUAAUUUGGACACAAUGCUGUGAGAAUAGACAUUAGCGUCUGCCAUUUUGGGUCUGAACAGUGGACAGUUUAAUUUGGACCCGAUGCUGUGUGAAUGGAUAAUUGCCUUGACGUCUGCCAUUUUGGAUCCCCAUCAGGACUGAACAGUGGACAGAGUCACUGAGACUCAGUGCUGGAGUGACCGCAUAACGUUUCUGUUUAUAACAUGACCCCCAUCUCUCUCUCUCUCUCUCUCUCUCUCUCUCUCUCUCCCUAAGACCUCUUUCUCUCAGAGGGCAGACAUAUUUGGUGAGAUAAGCUGUACGUACGUUCCUCUUGUUUAUAUUUGAACUGUGUGCCUUUUGUUCAUAAAAAUGUUUAUUUAUGUUAGUUAAAUGUAACAUUGAGUAAAUAAAUAAUCUAAAAGAGAAAAUCA